AUGGCAUUGGCUCCUGCCCACCUCUCGGCCUGGCAGGCCCGCUCUCUGGGGCUGGUGUCCACCUCGGGACGGCAUGCAUCGCCGCUGACACCCCUCCAGCCAGCCACCACCCGAGCCGCCACUGGCGGCGGCAGUAGCAGCGGCAGCAGGCGAGGCCUGCUGUCGCCGGGGACGGCCGUGGGGUAUGGCAGCAGGGCAGCCGUGUCUGCCGCCGCCGGCCAGCCCGUAGUCAGCUCGCGGCCCUACAGCAUGCCCCCCGGCAGCUUGAUCGGCCGGCCGCCCUCCGCGCCCCCCACGCAGCUGCAGCAGCUGCAGCGUGCCGCCACGGCAGCGCCGGCGCCGCCGGCGCACACGCAGGUGCAGGCGGGGCAGGCGGGGCAGCACGCCCAGCAGCAGCAGCAGCAGGCCGGUAGCGACGACGACGUGGCGCCGCCGGCCGCGUCGCGCAUCCACCUGCCCAGCGAGCGCGAGCUGGAGCGCCGCAAGAAGAUCUCGAAGGCCAACAAGGGGCGCAGGCCGUGGAACGUGGGCAAGAAGCACUCCCCCGACACAAUCGCGCGCAUCAAGGCGGCCACCAGGCAGGCCAUGCAGCGCCCGGAGGUGCGCCAGCGGCUGGCCGAGGCAAACGAGCGGCGCGAGCCACACACCGACGCGGCCAAGGCCAAGAUUCGCGUCAAGCUGCUGGAGCGGGCCGGGGUGGCACGGGAGGUGAUCAACGAGCAGGCCGCCCGCAUCGUGAAGGAGCGGCUGCUGGGCUCUGACGACCCUGCGCUGCGGGAGCUGGGGGAGUAUCCCAAGGUGCAGGAGGUGGUGGCGGGGCUGGCCUGGCAGCACUUCAAGAAGGACUGGUCGCAGGUGUGCACGCGGGGCUGGGAUGACCACCCCGAGUUCCAGAGCCACGUCAUCGCCAAGCUGACGCGCCUGGUGCGCGUUUGGAAGGCCAAGAACCCGCCCCAGGAGGCCAAGCCGACGGCCAAACCGAAGAAGGUGAACAAGGUGAAGGUUGCGAUGGUGCACCUGCGCAAGGUGCACGAGGCGCAGGGCAAGCUGGCGGCGGCCGAGGAGGCAAUGACCAAGCUGCAGCGCGCGAAAGCGACGUUGGCGAGCGACCCAGUGCGGCUGCGCCAGGCGCUGGCGGCGGAGGAGAAGGCCUCGCUGAUGAUCUCCAAGCUGCGCCAGCAGGUGGCUCACCUGGAGGAGGCGCUCCAGCCGGUGCAGCACUACUUUGAGGAGGCGGGGCAGCAGCAGGUGCCAGACCUGGACCAGCAGCUCGACUUGGAGCGCCGCCUGGAGGCGCAGCAGCAGGAGCAGCAGCAGCGGCUGCUGAUGCAGCAGCAGGGCGCGGGCGACAUUGCCGGGACGGCAGCAGGGGAGCAGGUGAAUGGCAUGGCGGCGGCGCCACACACCAACGGCAUUGUGAACGGGUGGGCCGGGGCUCAUGUGGCCGCUGCCGAGGCCCUGCAGCAGCAGCACGAGGCGCCUCCCGCCGUGAAUGGCCACGCCGGUAGCAUGCCACCGCCAGGAGCAGCCCGCACGCAGAUGCCCUGGGACCACUGA